UGGUAAUUCAAUAUGUCAGCGCCCAUAGUUAAGUUUGACACUUGACAAAUGAAGAAUUUAUGUAUUUUCUAGUGUCUGUGAAGUAUAUAUAAAACUGCAACAUGAAGACCGUACUGAUGGUUGCUGAGAAACCGUCUCUAGCCCAGUCGAUUGCUAAGCUGUUAUCCAAUGGGCAGAUGAACAGUAGAAAAGGGUCAAAUGGAGCCUGUUCUGUCCAUGAAUACAGAGGUGUUUUUCCUCCAACGGGAGAAAAUGUGUUCUUCAAAAUGACGUCUGUUUGUGGUCAUGUUUAUGGUCUUGAUUUUGUUGGAAAGUACAAUAGCUGGGAUAAGGUUGACCCGAGUGAGUUGUUUACUGGACCAACACACAAAAAAGAAGCAACAGAAAAGUUAAGGAUGCCAACUUUUCUAUCAAAAGAGGGUAGAGGUGUAGAUUUCCUGGUGUUAUGGUUAAAUUGUGACAAGGAAGGAGAAAACAUUUGUUUUGAAGUAAUGGAAUGUGUAGAACAAAGUAUGAAUCGGGGAUUUGGACAGUGCUAUUACGGACAAAGAUAUAAAAGUUCCAUGAAUAGACUUGGUGAACCAAAUAAAAAUGAAGCUUUAUCUGUUGAUGCCAGACAGGAACUAGACUUGAGAAUUGGCUGUGCCUUUACCAGAUAUCAAACUAAAUUCUUUCAGGGUAAAUAUGGAGAUUUAAACAGUACCCUGAUAUCUUAUGGACCAUGCCAAACACCUACUUUAGGAUUCUUUGUGGACAGACAUGAUAAAAUACAGUCUUUUAAACCAGAGGCUUACUGGGUCAUUAACUUACAGAUAACUCACCCUGGUGGACGUAGUAUUUAUCUGGACUGGGACAGAGUCAGAAUCUUUGAUAAAGAAGUAGCACAGAUGUUCCUUAAUAUGAUAAAAUCUGCUGACUCAGCAAGAGUUACAAAGGUUGUACAAGAGGAAAAGUUCAAAGGUCGACCACAAGCUCUAAAUUCUAUAGAAAUGUUAAGAUCAGCUAGUUCUGGACUAGUUUCUGUAGUAUUGAGAUCAUACCAGGAAUAUCAGGUAUAUCAGAUGACAACAUAG